AUGGCUGAUUCAACUGUCGUCUCCAACACGGAGAAUCUCAUGAAGUACAUGUCUCUUGACCAGCGUGGUUCCGUCCAAGCUGAGUACAUCUGGAUUGAUGCCAAUGGCGCGUUGACGAGCUUCCCGAAUGGAACUUCGACGGUUCCUCCACCGGCCAGGCCCCCCGGCGGUAACUCCGAUGUCUACCUGCGCCCCGUUGCCAUCUUCCCCGACCCCUUCCGCCAGGGUGACAACAUCCUUGUCCUCUGCGAGACCUGGGACUCCGAUGGAUCCCCCAACAAGUUCAACUACCGUCACGAGGCCGCUCGCCUGUUCGAGACCCACGCCAAGGAGGAGUUCUGGUUCGGUCUGGAGCAGGAGUACACUCUUCUCGGUACCGAUGGCUGGCCCUACGGCUGGCCCUCCGGUGGUUUCCCCGGUGCCCAGGGUCCUUACUACUGUGGUGUCGGUACCGGCAAGGUUUACUGCCGUGACAUCGUCGAGGCUCACUACCGUGCCUGCUUGUACGCCAAGGUCGCCAUCUCCGGUAUCAACGCUGAGGUCAUGCCCUCUCAGUGGGAGUACCAGGUUGGCCCCGUUCCCGGCAUUGACAUGGGUGACCACCUCUGGAUGUCUCGUUUCAUCCUCCACCGUGUCGCUGAGGAGUUCGGUGUCCGCAUCUCCUUCGAGCCCAAGCCCAUCAAGGGUGAGUGGAACGGUGCCGGUCUGCACACCAACGUCUCUACCAACGCUACUCGUGCCGAGGGUGGUAUGAAGGCCAUUGAGGCCAUGAUGAAGAAGCUUGAGGCCCGUCACGUUGAGCACAUCGCCGUCUACGGUGAGGGCAACGAGGAGCGUCUCACUGGUCGCCACGAGACCGGCAGCAUCGAGAAGUUCUCAUAUGGUGUCGCCGACCGUGGUGGUUCCAUUCGUAUCCCCCGCCAGUGCGCCAAGGACGGCAAGGGUUACUUCGAGGACCGUCGCCCUGCUUCGAACGCUGAUCCGUACCAGAUUACCGGUAUUAUUGCCGAGACUCUGUGCGGUGGCCUUUAA